CACAUAUUCUUCCGAAAUGAUUGCCCAUUGAGAAGUAGCCAUUUCUAUCUUGCUCAAAACAACAAUGAAGAUAUGGCUACUUAUACUGAGAAUAUUAUCGACAGCAAUGAUGUUGUCCUCGUGUCAAGCAAUCGGCAACCUCCACCCACUGAUUUUAGUACCCGGGAGUGGUGGAAAUCAGCUAGAAGCCAGGCUAAACCGUGGCUACAAGCCCACGAGCCUGUUGUGCAACCGUUGGUACCCACUAGUGAAGCAAAAGGAAGGGUGGUUCAGGCUUUGGUUUGAUCCUAGUGUCCUACUGGCACCAUUCACAGAGUGCUUUGCUGAUCGUAUGAUGCUUUAUUAUGAUAAAUAUUUGGAUGAUUACUGCAAUGCCAAUGGGGUGGAAACCAGAGUCCCUAAUUUUGGCUCUACUCAGUCGCUUCUCUACCUUGAUCCUAACCUGAAGCAUAUUACAGAAUACAUGGCACCGCUGGUAGAAUCUCUAGAAGAGAUUGGCUAUGUCGAUGGUGAAACACUCUUUGGAGCUCCUUACGAUUUUCGAUAUGGGUUAGCUGCAGAAGGUCACCCAUGCAAGGUUGGUUCAACGUUUUUACAAGAUUUAAAAGAUUUAAUAGAGAGAGCAAGCAGCCUUAAUGGAGGAAGGCCAGUGAUAAUUCUCUCGCAUAGCUUAGGAGGCCUUUUUGUCCUUCAACUUCUCAACCGAAACCCACCUUCAUGGCGACAAAAAUUUAUUAAACACUUUGUUGCACUUUCUGCGCCAUGGGGUGGUGCUGUAGACGUAAUGCUUACUUUUGCUUCAGGGAAUACACUAGGAGUGCCCCUGGUUGAUCCACUGCUAGUAAGGGGAGAGCAGAGAAGCUCAGAGACCAACUUAUGGCUUCUACCUAAUCCUACAAUAUUUGGUACAAAACAACUCGUUAUUACUCCAAAUGCUACAUAUUCAGCCUAUGAAAUAGCACAAUUUCUUGAGAAUAUUGGAUUUUCAGAAGGUGUUUAUCCUUAUAAAUCUCGCAUUUUACCCUUGAUUGAGAAGACAAUUGCCCCUGGGGUUCCUAUCACUUGUAUAAUUGGGAGUGGUGUGAAGACAGCAGAGACAUUGUUGUAUAGGAAAAAUUGUUAUGAGGAGCAACCUGAAAUUGUCUAUGGAGAUGGAGAUGGCACAGUGAAUAUGGCUAGCUUGUUAGCAUUGGAAUCUCUGUUUGCUGAGAACAAAAAUCAAUCCCUUAAGGUAAUAAGAAUUAGUGGCGUUUCUCAUACAUCAAUACUGAAACAGAACAUUGCUCUUGAUCAAAUUACAGGAGAAAUUUCUUGUAUUAAUUCUAUUGCAAUGAGCGCAGCAGUUUGAAGAUUGAAGAUUUUGUGUGCACAAUGGAGAAUGUAAUUUUACUUUGGUUCACGCCAAGCAUCUCAUUGAUCCUUUCAUGAUGAUGGGAGAUUAGUAUCACUAUUUUUUUUUAUUGCUUUAGUCAAUUUUUGGUUUUAUGAUA